CCAGUUGAACACAUCAAGUAACUUUAGAGGCUCAGGGAGCAAAAUGUUUUGUCUGUAGAGAAGAGGAAGAAAGGAAAGACACCAGAUGGUUCUUCAAUUCUGAUCGAUCCAAUCUGAUGUUUAAAGUCAAGCCAAGUGACCUUUUUGGCUGCUCAUGUAGGUGAGCACAUCAGCUUUGAUCAAGCUGUCAAUGUAAGGACCUACUUUGUUGUCAUCUUUGGUCAAUCAUCAGGUCAGUCACAGCUGACCCAUGGAGGACAGUCCAAUGGCUGUGAAGGUGGAGAAGCAUUCUCAGUAUGUCAUCCUGACUUACUUCCACGGGGACAUCAACAGCAUGGUGGAUGCUCACUUCACUCGUGCUCUCAGCAAAGUCUGCAAAGUCAAGGCACCAGCAGCAAAGACAAAGAAAAUACGGAAAACUAUUAAAUCGGAGGAAACCAACCACUGUCAAGGGAGUGCUAUUGACCCUUACUCUGAGACGCAGAUUCCUCCUGUAGCAGGACAUCUCCUGACCUAUAGUCCUGCAAGCGAUGCUCCUGACUCAUGGCCCUCUUUCAGUGCUAUGGCAGGGGAGGGCUCAGGGUCCCUUGCAUAUUCCCUUUCCUCAGAAGGGGGACUGAGUAUCACUGGACAGCAAUACGCCACAUCUCUGCUAAACCUACUGCAUAAUGACCGGGGUGAGAUGGGACCCAGCAUGGCCUCCAGCUCCAAGCCAGAAAUGCAUCCCAGCUGGACGAUGCCACAAGGAUUUAGAGAGUCCGUGGAGCCUGCUGAGAGCUUUGAAGCUGGACGGCGUCUGACCAAGAAAGAUUUGUACUGGUAUUGAAGGUGUUGGAGCAGCAGAGACAGAGAACAGCUUUACCUGUACCACUUGUGGCUUUGUAAUGCUACCUGGCUCUUUGUUCAUGCCGGUAACUGUUGUGUAUUUUCUCGUCAAACUGGCCUAAGAAGCAGCAGCUCUUCCAUUCCCUGCCCCACUUUUUUAGUUUCUUUUUAAAAUGACUUCAGCACCUCAGUAUGUACUACUUGGAACGUUUUCUGACAAACCUGUUCUUCAUCUCUGUCACUCCCUAUGUCUAUCUCAGGGCACUGUUAAUGUUGCUCCCUUUGCAGUGGAGUUGGAUAAAGAGCAUUUACUGCUUUUAUCAAGUGCUUCUUUUAGUGGGCUUACACAAGUAAAUAGGCCAGUAUUAAGUUAAGUUAAGUGUCAACAUUAUGAGUCUUGAGUGUAUUAAUAUUGAUAUAUCUGUCAACGGUUUUACUUUUAAUAAGAAUAUUUUAUAUAUCUAAACAACAACAAAAUGAAGGAUUCUGCUGUAAUGUUAAUGGCUUGUUUUCUUCUUGUGAUCUUAAACUUACAGUGCAUCAAAUGGGUCACUGUACAAAAAUGUAAUCAUAUACACACUGAAAUAAAUAUCUCAAACAUUCCUCGGUGUUGGACACAGAUAGCUACUUAAUAUAUUCAUAAUAAUCAAAGUACAUACUUACUUUCGUUGGCUUGGAUAAUAUUGACACCGGGUACAUUUACUCAAGUACUGAACAUUUUUAUUCUAUUACAUUUCUCUUUUAUGGUGCUUGUGCUGCACAGAAGCAAAGGCAAAUACUGUACAGUUUAGUUCACAACAUAUAUCUGUCAGCUAUAGUAAAUUAUUUUUCAGAUGAACCUUUAUCCAAAAUGUAAAACUGAUUCAUAAAAUGUGAAUGAUUAAACUACCCAGUAUUAAAUAGUUAUAGUAAUACAUUACAUAGUAAUACAAUAUUAAAGCAGACAGUUAUAAUGAUCCAAAAUAUAAUGCUAACGGGUAUGCUAACUGUAUUAUUAAUAUGUUUACAUGAAAUGCAGGAUUUUACUUUAACCAAAUGAAUAACUGCUUGCAUCACCCUCACCUUACAGGUUUUUAGAAGAACCUACAGUAAAACUAUGUGUGUAGCCGAUGCAGCAAACUCAUUACAGUGACAUUAGAGUACCACUCUAAUGGAUCAUUUUAUCAGCAGGAAGUGCCAGACUGAAUUGUACUUCGUCUGUCUUUGAGGACACACUCUGUUAUUCAUCAUCACCAUCCCUUAUUUCCUCAGCUCCAUUCACCUGUUCGUUCCUCUGCCUCUUCACACAUCCACAUGACAUGUUUAAUUUAGUAACCCAAGAAGAAGAAGAUGGCCUAAUUAAAAAAUGUGGAGACAUUGUUUG